UGGCCCACAAAUAAAAGCAUUGGAGAUAUACAAAUAAACCUUAUCUUAGCCAAUUACUAUUAUGUUUUGGUGCAUUUCAACAAACAAUGGCUUCCUCCAUUCUCCAAUUUAUCUCCCAAGCAUCCACCCUUCAUAUAAACCUCUUUCACCACCCAAAUCAAAUUUCCCAUAAAUUUUCACACUUAUCACCUUCAUUCCCAAUAACACAUCAGAAACUUCAUUCAUUCUCAAUAAAAUGCACUGCAAACUCCUCACCAUCACCACCUGAACAGGUAGCAGCCGACAACUUUCCAACACCAAGCCCAGAGAAUGAGGCCACAACUCCUGCAGACAAGUUUCCCAUUGAGAAGAGAAGACGGUCCGAGAUAAUCCGUGAUCGAAAGGCUCGAAAAGAGCUCGUAAAACCAGAACCUCCCAACUUUGAGAUAGGGUGGAAGAGGACCAAACCCAUCAACCUAGAGAAGCCUACAGGAUAUGUGAUCAUGGAUUUUUUGGACAAGUUUGAAGGGUUGUUGAGUCGAGAAUUCGGGUCGACAGAGCUGCUGGCUAAGGCAGGAGAGAUAGUAGCAGAAAGAGCAAGAGAAGAGGCAGAAGACUUGAGAGAUGAAGGCAAAGUUGAAGAUAGGAUGGUCACUGAACUUUUCAGAGUGUUGAAGUUAAUGGAGAUGGAUUUGGCAAUGGUUAAAGCUGCUGUUAAAGAAGAAACUCUUAAUGAGAGGCUUGAACAAGCUAAGGCUAGGUGUAGGCAAGCUAUUCUGGUUGCCAAAUCUUUUUGAUAAUUGUUUCAAUAGCUAGGAGAAAUGUUGUAAAUUGACAAUUAUAAAAUACAGUUUGUCAGUUAAGUUACAGGAAA